UGUAUGUAGAAGACUAGAAUAUAGAGUAAUAAUAUCUAUGUGCGUAUCUGUUGAGAAUAACUUUAUUUCUCAUAAAAAUUUAAAUAAGUUGUGUAUUUGUCUCGUAUAUUAAAAUAAAUAAUAGUAUAAUAUUGUUAUAAACAGUUCUUUUCUCGACUGUAAAUUCAGUUAAAUUGUAAUGAAGUGCAAAUAAUUUAUUUUCCAAUCAACAUGGCAGGCGAUAAUACUGAAGAUACUUUGAACGAUGUAGACAAUUCAGAAAAAUCGAGAGAUAAACUUGAUUUUUGUGUAUAUUCGAACUCUGGUAACGAAUAUUUAGAUACUAUUGAAUUUAUUUCAUGCCCUGAAUUCCAAUUUUCCACAUUAGCUUGUUAUAUCUGCAAUGGUUAUUAUGGUCCAUGUUUUGAGGAACCUGUUUGUGCAACAUGUCAUGCAUUUUUAUUUCCGGAUGAUACUCCUAACGAUCUUCCGAUCUUUAGUGAAAAAACCGAUGAUGAAGACUCAGGCAAUGAUGAACCGAUAGAUCUUUUUUAUAAUGCAGAACGAAAAACAAGUCAACUCCAAAGACCUCAUACAUCAUCUCAAAAUACUACAGAUGACGAUUCAGUCAAAGUUUAUAAUCAAAUUCCUCAAAAUUCCAAGCAAUCUAAAGAUUUUCUAAGGCAUGUAGAUCAUAAAAAAGAAUCUCAAAGUUAUAAUAAUGGACAAGGGUUACCUCGAAUACAAAAUUUACCAUCAAAAGAUAAUGGUGAUCGAUCAAGUUAUAAUCGUUGGAAUUCUCCGAAUUCAAUUAAUAAUGGAGAAUCAUCAACAUCUGGAAGUUUAGCAAAAAGAGUAGAGCUACUAACUAAUCAUAAAUAUACUGAACAUGAAACAAUUAACGAAUCAGGAUUAGUUGAAAGAUUGCCGCCAGAAGUUCUUCUAGCAGUAUUUUCUCAUUUAGAUGAUGUUAGUCUUUGGUCAGCCGCUAAUGUUUGUAGAAGAUGGCAUGGAUUAUUAUUAGCUCACAUACCCCCACAACAGUGGCAACAGCAUGUUAAACAUCGUUGGCCUUUAUAUAAAGCAAUAGGUUAUGUUGAUAAUUGGUAUAAAGUGUAUGAUUGUUUAGCAUCAUCAAUGCCUUGCCGAAGAUGUUUAGCUCAAAUGUGUUUACGUUCAAAACCAGCGACAGUAGAAGAAAACUCUUGGAGACGGAAUAGAUUGAGGACAGAAUUAAAAAGUUUAAGAACUGACCCACCCGAAGGUAUUGAAGCUACACCAUUAGACAUAAUGUGUUGUCAUUGGCAAGCAACAAUAACAGGACCAAUAGGUAGUCCAUAUGAAGGAGGAUUAUUUUAUUUAUAUCUUCAAGUUCCGUACAGUUAUCCCAUGUGUCCUCCAAUAGUAAGAUUUUUAACAAAAAUUCUUCAUCCGAAUGUAUCCAGACAUGGUGAUGUUGGUAUAGAUUCAAUUCAUCACAAUUGGUCAUUAGCUUUAACAAUAUCCAAAGUCUUAAUUAGUGUUCAAAGCUUACUAACUGAUCCUUACUGUCAUAUAUGCAUGGAACCAGAACUUGGACGCAUGUACACAAAUAAUCGAGAAAGAUUCGAAGAAGUUGCUAGAGCUUGGACUUGGAAAUAUGCAAUGCACGAUGUGGUAACAUGGUCUCAAUAAAUAUUAGUUGCAUCUUUUUGGUAAAGAUUUAUUGAAAUUUUUUUUGCUAUAUAGAAUUAGAGCUUUCGUAUUGGUUUCACACGUAAUAUGUAUAAUCCAUUUUUUCGUGUUGAGAAUUAUUGUUUUUAUUAUGAUAAAUAAAAGAAACUAAAAAAUUAUAGAGAAAAUAAAUGUAAAAAAUUAUUAGAAUUUAAUAUACGUAAAAAUAAACCAUAGAAAAUAAAAUAACUGGUAUUCCUAGCGGUCUAUUUCUCGAGAACAAUCUGUGAGGUCCGUCAUCGUCAUUUUCUAUGAUCUUCCGGUUUCGUGGUAGGUAAAGAGUAAAG